CAUGUCGAAUCAGUUGUAUGUUGGCCUUGCCCUUGUCGGGCCGUGAGUUUCGGGUUUCGGAUCGUCUAGCCUGCUGCUUGGUGUCUUUCCUUUCGCAAUAGAUCGUCUCGAUUGUUCUUGUUUUCCUGGAGUAUGAAGAAACAGCUGGGCCGCGGCGGCCUGCUGAGCUGGGCGGUGCAGCUGCUCAAGACGCUGCUGUUGCGCAUCAUGUCGCAGUUUAAAGCCGAAUGCCAGUCAAACUAUCCAUGUCACAGUCUACAUAUUGUGCCCAAAUAUGCACCAAUACCACGCGUCAAAGGAUUACCGCUAGUCGGCACACUCUUUGACUUAAUAGCUGCAGGAGGAGCACCAAAAUUACAUAAAUACGUGGAUACGCGACAUCAGCAAUAUGGUGGCAUCUUUCGUGAGUGUCUAGGCGGUACACAGGAUGCAGUAUUUGUUUCAUCCGCGCAUCUGAUGCGCAGCAUCUUCCAGCAAGAGGGUCACUAUCCGCAGCAUCCGCUGCCGGAUGCCUGGACCUUCUACAACAAGCGACAUGCCUGCCAACGUGGACUCUUCUUUAUGGAGGGCGCUGAGUGGCUGCACAACAGACGUAUACUUAAUCGGCUGCUGCUCAAUGGUAAUUUGAAUUGGAUGGACGUGCAUAUUGAGAACUGUACGCGACAAUUGGUGGAUAAAUGGCGAGCGGGCACCGAAGAGGCGCAGCGAAAUAAAAAACACUACGAACUGCCUCAGCUGGAGCAGCAACUCUAUCGCUGGUCCAUCGAGGUACUUUGUGGCAUCAUGUUUGGUUCCACAGCCUUGGCUACCGUAGAGAUGCAAACUGCGCUCGAUCAGUUCACACAGAUUGUUCAUAAGGUCUUCGAGCAUAGCUCCAGACUGAUGAACUUUCCGCCCAAAUUAGCGCAGCUGCUGCACUUACGCAUCUGGCGCGACUUUGAGCAGAAUGUCAGCGAAGUACUGAAACAGGGCGCCGCUAUCAUUGAGCUCUGCAUCAACACACAGUCGCAGCAGCCACAGCCGCAUCAGAGGGGGGAGGAGGCGCUCUAUCACAAGCUUCAGGCGGCAGCGGUGCCCAGCGAAAUGAUCAGACGCAUCUUUGUGGAUCUGGUCAUAGCAGCAGGUGACACGACCGCCUUCAGUAGUCAGUGGGCUCUUUAUGUCUUGUCGCAGGAUUUAGUUUUGCAGCAACGCAUUGCUGCGGAACGUAUAGCAGGAGAGUCACAGGUGUUGCAUGGUGUGAUCAAGGAAACACUGCGUCUUUAUCCAGUUGCCCCGUUCAUUGGACGCUAUAUGCCACAAGAUGCCAUCAUCGGCGGUCACCAUGUUGAGAAGAAUACCAUGGUGCUCAUCUCGCUGUACACAGCUGGACGCGAUCCAUCACAUUUCGAGCAGCCACUACGAGUAUGGCCCGAGCGUUGGUUCCUUGGUUCAUCGGAUCAAGUGCAUCAGGCGCAUGGAAGUCUGCCCUUUGCCAUUGGCCAACGUUCCUGCAUUGGCCGGCGUGUCGCUCUCAAACAGCUGCAUGCUCUCCUGGGCAAAUGUGCCACCCAGUUCACGAUGCAGUGCCUCAAUGAAAAACCCGUGGAUUGUGUGCUACGCAUGGUAACAGUGCCGGAUCAAACGCUCUGCUUGGCACUGACGCUAAAGCCCGAAGUGAAACCAAUCCACCUGGACAAUGCAGUGUAGCUCCUUCCCCAUCCUAAUCCCUUAAAGAAAAGUGAUCUGUUUUUAUCUUCCAAAACACCAACAAUUAGCAACUGUAGUCUUAUUGUUAGUUAUUAGUCUGUAAUAGUUUAAUUAGAAGUAUAUACCACACCUAGCAAAAAAA